AUGCUGAUGUCCCGAUCAAAAGCUGCUGGUAGAGGCACUCCUGCUUCCCCUAAGCAUCCAGGCAGGGCACGAGCGGGCAGCAGCAGGGUGUAUGCCUCCAUCAGCGCCAAAUUUAAAGGGCCAGGUCCCGGGAAAUACGGCAGGCACCCUUGCACUGGUAUUACGGAGCAUGACUUCACCAAGUAUACUGAGCCGGCCUACUCGAUGCGUGUGAAAUCCAAAGAAAGAUUGAUCACAGUUGUGGAGAGCCCUGGGCCAUGCUAUUAUGUGGAUCCGAGCCUUUCUCAUGUCGGAAUAUGGAAGCCAGUCUCAUUCCGCAUGCCACAAGAGAGAAAGAGAACAAGUAUAAUUCCAACACCUGCACCAAAUGAGUAUUACGUGGAGAAGAUACAUCCCCUAGAAGAGCCCAAUGCACCAGCAUAUACUAUAGGUGUUCGAACACGCUACUGGGAGAGCAACCCAUUCCCGGCACCCAACCGCUAUACCCUUCCGGGGACACUGGGUCCCAGAUUACCAGUCAAGGCAUGUGCUCCUUGCCUCUCGAUGGCUUCCAGUGCAUCAGUAUGGAGCUACGCCAAAGACCUGGUGAGAGGGCCCGGCCCUGCAAUGUACACCAUACCAGAGGCAGAUAUUUACUUGCACCAUCAACCUGCCUACAGCAUAUCUCAAAGGUUCAAUCCCUCCAGCAAGGACUAUACACCAGGCCCUCCUGACUACAAUGCUGAGCAGGUCACUGCCCAUAAACCCAGAGCCCCACGUUUCCAUCUGGGGAUUCGCCACUCCGAAUAUGUUCACAGCACUCCGCCGGUUUGCAUCAUCAAAGAGUGA